AUGCAAGUGAGUAAACAAGACUACAGUAAAGUCGAACCGUUUGUUGCAGUUCCAGAUGCAGUUCUAAGUGAAGGCAUAGUGUACGUCUCCCCCGCUCGUACCCUUCUAUGGGUCGACAUUUACAGGGCCAAGGUGUACCGCAGAAGAAUGGAUACAGGCGUUACAGAUGUUUUCCAUGCAGAUGGCAGCGGUUCUAUCGGGGCCGUUUUCCCCAUAUUGAAGCGCAGCAGUAGUGAUGGCAAUGAUACACAGGUGGAGGAGUUUCUGUUUGCCGCCAAGGAAGGGAUAGCGCACGGACAGUUCGGCGGCUCAUGGAAAUAUGUGGUCAAGUACAGCGAAAGCGGUCUUGACAGCGAAAGAUUGAAGCGGUUAAGAAGCAAUGACGGUAACGUGCAUGGCGAAGACUUGUACAUUGGAUUGAUUAAUGACUUUGAUCAAGAGACGACAGACGAAGGUGUCAUAUUUAAAAUCAAUUUAGUUUCGAAGAAGAUUGACGUGUUUUGGCCACGCAUUUCAAUUCCUAACUCUCUCUACUGGGUGGGUGAGUAUAUGUUUGUUACGGAUUCUAUGAAUUCAUGCAUUUGGAGAACAAAGCACGGAUUUCAAGAAAGAGAAAAAUUUAUUGAUGUUACACAGUACAGUACGGAUCCAGAGGGAAAUCUCCCAGAACCAGAUGGAAGUUGUUUAAGUUCUAAUGGUGAAUUGUUGUUUGUUUCCAUCUGGGGCCAUUCUAAGGUGCAAGUUUUUUCUACGAAGGAUGGAGCGCUAUUGCAAGAAAUUUUGCUUCCUGAGGAGACCCCGCGAGUUUCUUGCUGUGCUGUCGUUGGCUCGGAUUUGUUUGUUACCACUGGCAGUGAACAUUUAGGUACCAGCAAAGUCGGGCAACCUUCUAAGGGUGGCUGUUUGUACCGAUUGAGCGACGUAAUUCCUGAGAGUGACGAAUUCAGUACUAGGGGCAUCAUAUAUAGGGAUGACUAG